AAAUAUGAUCAGUUAUUCGCAUGAUGUUGUCAUAGUUAUUAUUCGUUAAUCCCACGUUCACGUAUUAGACUAUUCAAUUUUUUACCUGAAACCAUAAAAUUUAACUUUUAACAUAMUAUAUACACCUACCUAUUUAUUUCACACUUCAAAUUUGUUUGUUUUCAACACCAGAGUAAGAAAAAUGAUGCCAUCAGCUCCUCCCCAAAAUAUUCAUUGGGUUCAAUCGUCAACAUCUGUAGCACCACUAGGUCCUAGUAGUACCCAAACUAUAUGUACUUCAUGUGGCAAAACAAUAUUUACCAGUACUUCUAGAAAAGCAAAACCGGCUGCUUGGUGGAGUUGUAUACUAUUGUUUAUCGUAGGAUGUUCUUUUGGAUGCUGUCUAAUUCCUUGCUGUAUGGACUCGUGCAAUGUUGUUAACCACAAAUGUCCAAAUUGUAACUCAUAUUUGGGACAGUACAGACCAUAAACUAUAUACGAUAUACCUAUAAUUAUAAAUUUAUAAACAAUAAUAUAGUGUAAUGGUACUUUUCCCUGCAGCGUCAAACAUAUUGGAACAACACGGUGAAGGUGCCAUGAUAAUAAAUUAUUAUGUCAAUAUCGGGAUCGGCAGUUGUGGCGGACACCGCACUCAAACGCUGCAGAUAAAUCGUAUAGGUUAAAAACUUUGAAGCAUUCAAAAAAUAAAAAAUAAAUUAAAAUWAAUUUUAACGUUUUAAUAAACAAAUAAAAAGAGAAAAUAAUUUUUGA